AUGCAGCCUGCUCCUGCAAAGUGGUAUGAUCGAAGGGACUAUGUCUUCAUUGAAUUUUGUGUUGAAGACGAUAAAGAUGUUAAUGUAAAUUUUGAAACAUCCAAACUUACUUUCCGUUGUCUUGGAGGAAGUGAUAAUUUUAAACAUUUAAGUGAAAUUGAUCUUUUUCACUGUAUUGAUCCAAAUCUUAAUUGGCUUAGUGUGGACUUCAAUGAUUGGAAAGACUGGGAAGAUGAUUCAGACGAACACAUGUCCAAUUUUGAUCGUUUCUCUGAGAUGAUGAACAACACGGGUGGUGAUGAGGAUAUAGAUGGACCAGAAGUAGAUAGAGCAAAUGGUGAUUCACAAGACAGUGACAAUGAAAAAAUGACAGAUCUGGAGUAA